UGCCCAUAAAACAGAAGAUUCUCAUUCUUCUCUUUACCAGCUCUCAAAACCCAAAAAGAAAGAAAAAAAAUCAUUUUUUUAAAAAUUUCAUCAACCUCUCUUGAGAUUUGUUGGGCAGCGAGUGAGCGAGCGAGCGAGUUCAAUUUUAUUGAAACAGAUAACUAGUUGUUGAAAAAGACAUGAUUAUACAUCAUGUCACAUCCAUAUAAUGUUGUCACGGUUUAGUUUUUUCCUAGUACCAUAUGGUAAUUAGAGCAGUGUGCCUAAUGAGAAGAGAGGGGAAAGAAGAAGAAGAUGUGGUGUAGAAAGAAUUUGGGUUGUACUGAUACAGGAUCUGUGCCAGUGUACCUUAAUGUUUAUGAUCUGACACCAAUCAAUGGAUAUGCUUAUUGGCUUGGACUUGGAGUUUAUCAUUCUGGGGUUCAAGUUCAUGGUGUUGAGUAUGCUUUUGGGGCUCAUGAGUUUCCUACAACUGGAAUUUUUGAAGGAGAACCAAAACAGUGUGAUGGGUUUACAUAUAGAAAGACAAUCUUGAUUGGAAAAACAGAUAUGGGUCCUGAACAAGUGAGGGGAGUUAUGGAGGAGUUAGCAGAGGUAUAUAGAGGGAAUGCUUAUAAUUUGAUAACCAAGAACUGCAACCAUUUCUGCAAUGAUGCAUGCGUCAGGCUCACUGGUAAUCCCAUCCCUAACUGGGUUAAUCGGCUCGCUCGAAUUGGCUUUCUAUGCAAUUGUGUUCUUCCUGCAAAUUUAAAUUCAACCAGAGUUCAGAAUCAUAAAACUGAAGAUAAGGCUUGUGAAGGAGAGAAGAAAAAAUUGACAAGCGAGUCAAACAGAUUCACAUCUUCUAAUUCUUCGUCAUCUUCAUCAUCACCACCUGUAGUUCGCGGUAGAAGUAGAAGCAGGCGUGCUCUUCAACCAUCCUCGCCCUUGAUUCUCCGCGCCUCAUCUCCUUGAUGAUCUCUAAGAACUGAUUUUUUUAUUUCUUGAAAUUGUUCAAAGAAAACGAGGGGAAGCAAAAUCUUUAAUCACAGUCCCCCCUCUCUUUUCCUCAUUCUUUUCUUGGGGUUUUGUGGUGCUAACAUUUUGUUGAAGGGAUUAUGCAGGCAUGCAGCACAUAUAUGUAAAUGUGUAUGCUUUCAAUUUUUUUGGCAAGCGAUGUUGUUACGUCUCUGCAUUAUUGUCCAAACCAACCUCGUUUUGUUUGGUUUUCUUGCAACCAGCAAGGCUUUGCUUUGGCAAAUCUGUAGUAUUGCCUGAGAUAUCAAAUUAAUCAAGAGAAAUUGCUUGGUGCAAA